UAGGGCGAUCGUGGGGCCACGGCCCCCCCCCCGAGGGACAGGAUGGACGAACAGAAGGCUCCCAGUGAGGAGAAGGACGCAGAUGCGCCAGCCGAUGGAGCCGUGGCCUCGGAGGAGAUGAGCAGCGAUGGGGGGGACCCCCUGAAACCCCCUGAAGGAGCCUCGGCGGAGCCGGAGAGCACAGACACGAAGGGACCUCCUCAGGCUGGCGGCCCCGCAGCCCGCCGCUGCGCCCUCUGCAACUGUGGGGACUGGAGCCCGCACGGGCAGCGGGAGCUGCAGCGCUUCACGCCGGCACCCGACUGGCCCGAGCAGCUCGCGGGCUACCAGCCCCCCGAGGGUCCCGGCCAGCCCCCCCCGCAGCCGGCGGGCACCGUCCUGGCACAAAUCGGCUUCUCAGAGCGGGUGACGCCGCUGCAGCUCUUCGAGCCGACAGGGCACUGCUGGGUGCACCGCUGGUGCGCGGCGUGGGCGGCCGGCGUGCGGCUGGAGCCGGCGGGGCUCUCCGGCGUGGACAGAGCUGUUUUCUCAGGGAUCUCACAGAAAUGUGACCACUGUCGGCGGUUGGGGGCCACCAUCCCGUGCCGGGUGGACGGUUGCCCGCGUCUCUACCACUUGCCCUGCGCCGCCGCCAGCGCUUGCUUCCAGUCCCUGAAGACCCUUCGGCUCCUCUGCCCAGAGCACGUGGCCGAAGCCGCGCAGAUGGAAGACGCCCGGUGCUCGGUGUGCGCGGCGCUGGGCGACGUGCGGGACCUGGUGCUGUGCAUGGGCUGUGGGCAGCACUACCACGGGCGCUGCCUGGACGUGGCGCUGACGCCCCGCAAGCGUGCCGGCUGGCAGUGCCCCGGCUGCAAGGUCUGCCAGGCUUGCAGGAAGCCCGUCCAGGAUUCCCCGCUGCUGGUGUGCGAGGUGUGCGAUAAGGGCUACCACAACUCCUGCGUGGAGCCGGCCGGCCGGGGGCUCCCCGGCGGCUCUUGGAAGUGCAAGAACUGCCAGGUCUGCUCCGACUGCAGCCGGUGCCCAGCAGGGCUCGAUCCCGGCUCCUCGGUGUGCGAGGGCUGCCAGCAGCACCGCGCCACGACGGAAGAUGCCCACGGAACGCCGGCACGUGCCCCCCAGCUGGACCCCCCUCUUCAGACGUCAGCAUCCCCCAGCCGCAGCGAGCCAACGGAUGUGCCGGUUCCCCCGCCUGAGCUGGAGCCUGUGGGGUGCGAUGAGAAGGCACAGCCUGGGGGGGACCCCCAAGAAGCCCCUCUAGGUGAUGGUGGGGGUCCUGCGGGCAAACUGAGCCCUUGGGAGGCACCUCCCGAUGAACUGCCCCCCAACGAGGCACACUGCGACCUGCAGCCCCCCAAGGAGCCCCCUCUUCUCAUGGUGCCCCCUCCCCUUGAGGAGCCCCCGGAGGAGCCCCUUCCUCUCGCUCAGCCUCCUGAGGAGCCCCCUCCUCUCAUGGAACCCCCUCCACUUAUUCAGCCCCCCGAGGAACCCCCUUGUCUCGUGGAGCCCCCUCCCCUCAUGCUGCCCCCCAACGAGCCACCCCCUGAUGAGCUGCCCCUCGAGAGACUCCCCGUUGAUGAGCCCUCUCUUGAGGAUCUGCCCCCCGACAAACCCCUCCUCGAGGAGCUGCCCCCCGACAAACCCCUCCUCGAGGAGCUGCCCCCCGACAAAUCCCUCCUCGAGGAGCUGCCCCCUGAUAAACCCCUCCUCGAGGAGCUGCCCCCUGAUAAACCCCUCCUCGAGGAGCUGCCCCCCGAUAAACCCCUCCUCGAAGAGCUGCACCCCGAUAAACCCCUCCCCCUCGAGGAGCUGCCCCUUACUCCGCCCCCCCUCGAGGAGCUGCCUCUCACCAACCCCCCCCUCGAGGAGCUGCCUCUCACCAACCCCCCCCUCGAGGAGCUGCCCCUCGAUGUAACCCCCAUCGAGGAGCUGCCCCCCGACAAACCACUCCUUGAGCAGCUGCCCCUCGAUGUAACCCGCCUUGAGGAGCUGCCCCCCAACAAACCACCCCUUGAGGAGCUGCCCCCCAAUGUAACCCUCCUCGAGGAGCUGCCCCCCGACAAACCACCCCCUGACGAGCUGCCCCCUGAAAAAUUGCCCUCCUACGAGCCGCCCCCUGACAAGUCUCCCCCCAACAAAUCACGCCUCAAUGAACUCCCCCUCGACGAGCUUCCCCUCGACGAGCUGCCCCCCAACAAGUCACCCUUCGACGAGCUGCCCUCCCAAAACAAGCCGCCCCUCGAUGAGCUGCCCACCGACGAGCCGCCCCCUGAAGACCCUGCCCCUAGUGAGCUGGUCCCCGAAGAACUCAUCCCUGACGAGCUGCCCUCCGAAGAGCUGCUUCCCACCGAGCUGCCCCCCGAGGAGGACCCCAAGCCGCCAGGUCUCCUCUCUGAGGCAGCUGUGGUGGAGGAAGCACCAGCCCUGGCCCCCGAGGUGCCCCCCGAAGAGGAGAUGGAGCUGGAGCCGGAGCCCUUGCUGCCCCCUGAGACAGCCCCCCCACCUCCGGCUCCGCCAGAUCUCCGCGCUGUCUCACCCCCUCGCCCCCCGGACCCUUCGCUGGAUGUCAAGGAGGACGAGGUCCCUGAGCUGCCCCCCCCAGCCUUGCCUGAGCCCCCCGGCAGCCCUGGCACUGCUAUGGACACGGAGCCCCCCAGCUCCCCGCCGCCCCCCCUGGGCUCCCCAGUCUGCGCCCCGGCCCCCGCCGAACCCCCCGAGGACGAGGAGAUGGAGAUGGCCGGAGGUGAGAGGGAGUCCCCCACCAGCCCCCCAAGAGAUGACCCCCACAGCAGCCCGGCCCCGGAGCUGGGACCCUUCCCAGGCCUUCCAGAGGAGGAGGAAGAGGAGGAAGAAGAGGCGCCGAGGCUGGAGCGGGAGGGCACCAGCGGGAGCUCCCCACCGCUGAGUGAGGAGGAUGCGCUGGAGGAAGGCCGUGCUGGGGGGCACCCCGAAACCAAGGGGUCCCCUUUGCUCCUGGAGCCGGAGGAGCUGGGUCCCGAGACCCCCAUGGAGGUGUGCGCCACCGCAGAAAAGCUGCUGGGACCUGGAGAUGAGGGGGGGCCCGAGCCCCCCGUCCUGCGCCCCCGCCCUGAUAUCCUCAACGAGAUCUCCAACCUGAGUCAGGGGGACACGAGCAGCAGCUUUCCUGGCUCGGAGCCGCUGCUGGGCUCGCCGGAUCCCGAAGGUGGGGGCUCACUGUCCCUCGAGCUGGGGCUGCCCUCGGCCGACACCAGCCUGCAGAAGGAGGACACCGCCUCGCUGCCGUUGGGCGCCGAGACUGACGACUCGCUGCUCUUCGAGCCUGCAGCCAAGGGUGACGGGGACAAGAGCCGUCGGCGCAGCUCCCCGGGGCGCUCCCGCGUCAAACAGGGUCGUAGCAGCAGCUUUCCCGGGCGGAGGCGUCCCCGAGGUGGGUCCCACGGGAGCCGGGGACGGGGCCGUGCACGCCUGAAGUCAACCACCUCGUCCGUUGACACCUUAGCACUCGCUGACGUGGAGAGCUCACCCAGCAAGGAGGAGGACGAGGACGAUGACGACACCAUGCAGAACACAGUUGUCCUCUUCUCCAACACCGACAAGUUUGUGCUCAUGCAGGACAUGUGCGUGGUGUGUGGCAGCUUCGGGCGUGGGGCCGAGGGGCACCUCCUUGCCUGCUCCCAGUGCUCCCAGUGCUACCAUCCUUACUGCGUCAACAGCAAGAUCACGAAGGUGAUGCUGCUGAAGGGUUGGCGCUGCGUGGAAUGCAUUGUCUGCGAGGUUUGUGGCAAAGCUUCCGACCCUUCCCGGCUCUUGCUCUGCGACGACUGCGACAUCAGCUACCACACCUACUGCCUGGACCCCCCCCUGCAGACCGUCCCUAAGGGUGGCUGGAAGUGCAAGUGGUGUGUGUGCUGCGUGCAGUGCGGGGCGGCUUCUCCCGGCUUCCACUGCGAGUGGCAGAACAACUACACCCACUGCGCGCCCUGCGCCAGCCUCGUCGUCUGCCCCUUCUGCCGCGAGAAAUACGUGGAGGACGACCUGCUCAUCCAGUGCCGGCACUGUGAUCGGUGGCUGCAUGCGGCGUGCGACAGCCUCUUCACGGAGGAGGAGGUGGAGCAGGCUGCUGAUGAAGGUUUCGACUGCAGCGCCUGCCAACCUUAUGUGGUCAAACCGGCCGUGCCCGCGGCUCCCCCAGAGAUCGCAUCACUCAAGACCAAGGAACCGGAGCCCCAGUAUUUCCGCUUCGAGGGUGUGUGGCUGACGGAGACGGGGAUGGCGGUGCUGCGCAACCUCACUCUGUCGCCUCUGCACAAGCGGCGGCAGCGCAAGGGCCGGCCGGGCGCCCUCAACGGGGACGGGGGGCUGGAGGGGGGCGACCCCCUGGGUCCCGAUGACAAGAAGGACGGUGACCUGGAUGCCGAGGAGCUGCUCAAAGCUGAAGUGGGUGUCGAGCACAUGGAGUGCGAGAUCAAACUGGAGGCUUCGGCCAGCCCUGACCGCGACAUCGGGGCUGAUGUGGACUCAGGGAAGGGGCUGGAGGAUCCGGAGGAGAGCAAGAAGAGAAAGCGGAAGCCGUACCGGCCCGGCAUCGGCGGCUUCAUGGUGCGGCAGCGCAAGUCCCACACCCGCCUGAAGAAAGUGUCGGCGGUGCUGGGGGAAGUGGGGCGCGAGGGGCUGAGCACUGAGGGGCACCCUGAGGACGGGGCUCCAGGCGACCUCCCAGCCGAGGGCAGCCUGGAUCCGGGCUCGGCAGAGGGGGAUGAGAAGAAGAAGCGUCGGGCAAGGAAGAAGAGCAAGUUGGAAGACAUGUUCCCCCCAUACCUGCAGGAGGCAUUUUUUGGGAAGGCACUGAUGGAUCUGAGCCGGAAAGCGCUGCUGGCGGCGGGUGGCGUGGGGGAUGGGGCCGCUCGCCCCUCCCUGGGCCAGGGCGCCCCACGACCCAAAGGAGACCCCAACCUGGCCGGGGCGCUGCAGGGAGCCCCCCCCGACAGGAGGGAGACCCCCACGCACCCCCGAGGGGAUGACAGCACGGAUGGCAGCGCCGCCGCCCCUGACGAUGAUGGCAAGGACGACGCGAAGGCUGAGGAGCUGGGGACUGAUGAGCCAAAGGAUUCCCCAGACCCCGGGGACACUGAGAAACCGGCCACCCCGGGCGAGGGUGCGCUCAGCUCUGACCUCGACAAGAUCCCGACAGAAGAGCUGCCCAAGAUGGAGAGCAAAGAUGUCCAGCAGCUCUUCAAGGACGUGCUGGGCUCGGCAGAGCGCGGGGAGCAGCCUCUGAACUGUGUGGCUGCAGGGAUGGAGGCCAGCAGUGCAGGAAGCGUUUCCCUGGGCUCGCUGUCUGGAGGCGCCUCCUUGGAGUCGUACUCAGGCGUCUGCCAGUCCCCGUUCCUCGAUAACAGGGAGCGGAGCGGCUUCUUCAGCCCGGACCACUGCGAGCCCGAAAGCCCCUGGGCCAGCAGCUCAGCUGCCACCACCCCCUCGACACCCACAACACCCACGACGGAGGGCGAGAGCGACGGGCUGUCCUACAACCAGCGCAGCCUGCAGCGCUGGGAGAAGGAUGAGGAGCUGGGCGAGCUCUCCACCAUCUCGCCUGUCCUCUACGCCAACAUGAAUUUCCCCAACCUCAAGCAGGAUUAUCCAGGCCUCCCAGACUGGUCGAGCCGCUGCAAACAGAUCAUGAAACUGUGGAGGAAGGUGCCCGCCACGGACAAAGCUCCCUAUUUGCAAAAGGCCAAAGAUAACCGGGCGGCUCAUCGCAUCAACAAGGUGCAGAAGCAGGCCGAGAGCCAGAUCAACAAGCAGACCAAAGGGGAGGGACUGCGCAAGCCAGAGAGGCCCUCGCUGCACCUGCGGAUCCCGGUGCCACCGGGGGCACAGCCCGUCUACAUCGGCAGCCCCCCUGCCGCCGCCGGCGAGGGCUUCCUGAAGCCCCCAGGGAGUGCCGGAGGUGGCCCGGAGUCGCCCAGCGAGCUCUUCCUCAAGCUCCCGCCCCAGUCCCCUGCCCAAGUGCCUUCGCACGAUCCCUAUGGCGCAGCCUAUGCGCUGGAGCCCCGCUUUCCCUCACCCCUGGGCCAGAGCUCCACGGUGGGCGCUGCCUUCCAGCCCUUUCCUGGCCAGCCCCAACCCCUCACCGGCCCCCGCGCCAUCCCUGGCUCCCAGCCCCCCGAUUUCCACCCCACGCCACCCGGCACCCCGCGGCACCAGCCUGGCACCCCUGACCCUUUCCUGAAGCCCCGGUGUCCCUCCUUGGACAACCUCUCAGUUCCGGGGAGCCCCGGGGCCCGGCCCCCUGAAGCCCUGCUCUCUCCCCUGCCUUUUGGGGAGCAGAAGAAGGGCCUGGAGGUGAAGAAAGAGGAAGGGGGCAGCCUGGGGGUCUGCUCGCCUGGUUAUACCCCUGCCGUGGGCUACGGGGACUCCCCGGGCGGCCCCCACCUCUCCGCUGCAGAGCUGAAGGCGGCCGAUGUCUUCAAAGCCCCCCUGACCCCACGGGUCUCUCAGGUAGAGCCGCAGAGCCCGGGGCUGGGGCACCGGCCCCCCGACACCCAUCCUCUGGCCCACUCUCCCCCCGGCCACCCUGAUAUCUACCGCCAGUCUCCGUACCCGGACCCCUACUCGCAGCCCCCGCUGACGCCCCGGCCGCAGCCCCCGGAGCCGUGCUGCGCCCUCCCACCUCGCUCCCUGCCCUCCGAGCCCUUCUCCCGCAUCCCUGCCAGCCCCCAGUCCCAGUCCAGCUCCCAGUCCCCCCUCACGCCCCGGCCGCUCUCUAACGAAGCCUUUUGCCAGUCCCCGGUCACGCCACGCUUCCAGUCUCCGGACCCUUAUUCCCAGCCACCCUCCCGGCCCCAAUCCCGAGAUCCUUUCAUGCCCCUGCACAAGCCCCCCAGACCCCAGAUACCGGAGCCGGGGUUCAAGUCGGUGCCGCUCUCACACAGCCCGGCGGCCGGUGGGGGCUUUGGGGCCACUGCAGCAGGUGAGCCCCUCGCCAAGGUGCCGGGUGGGCAGCAGCCGCCCUUCGCUCGCUCCCCCGGUGCCAGCGUCUUCGCCGGCAGCCAGGCCCCCAUGCGCUUCACCUUCCCCCCAUCUGUCUCGGAGCCACUCAAGGGCUCCCCAUCCCACCAACCCCAUGGGAUCAACAGCCAUUACGGCCCCGGCAAGCCCCAGAGCUCAGCCUACGCCUCGUCUCCUGGUUUCCACCAAGCCGGCAGCCCGCUGGCACCGGCUGCCGCUGACACCUACAGCCUCUCGCCCCUCCGGCCGCCCUCGGUGCUGCCGCAGCAGCCGCCAGCUGCUCCGCCACAGCCGGAUGCCUCCGUUGCCUUCCUGCCCCGAGCUGCACUGGGGCCACCAGCUGAGAAGAGGGAGGAGGCGACUGUGGGGCUCUCAGCACCCCCAAACCGGGACUUAGCAGAGCUGCCCGGCAGCCAGGACGGGACCUUGGGCACCAUGAGCCAGUCAGAGCUGGAGAAGCAGCGGCAGCGCCAGCGGCUCCGUGAGCUGCUCAUCCGCCAGCAGAUCCAACGCAACAGCCUGCGGCAGGAGAAAGAGAGCGCGGCGGCGGCCGCCAGCUCCUCGCCGGCAAGCUGGGCUCCCGAGGCUGGCAGCCAGGCCUUUGGCAUGGCUCCCUACCAGCCGGCACAGGACAAGGGUCUCCUUGGGACGCUGGCCACGGCAGCCGGUGCCGGGAAGCUGCCAGGCUCCGUCAUGGUGCAGGCAGCGUUCGCACAGGAUGAGCGGCUUUCCCGGCCUCUGCCGGCGGCCACACCAUCCGCCCUGGACAUCAACGGGAGGUGAGCGUGCGGCCCCCCCCAGACCUUCUACCCUCGUGGGGUCUUCCCAACACCAUCCUCGCAGCAACAGCAGCAUCUCUGGCAGCAGCAGCAGCAGCAGCAGGCAGUGGCCGCAGCCCUGCGGCUCCCGGUCACCUCUCGCUUUGCCCCGCCGGCCACCGGCCCCUCCAUGGGCAACCAGGGCCCCCGCCUGCCCCUGCCCGCCGAGCCGGUGCCCGCCUCGCCUGCCACCAUGGGUGCCCCCUUCAUCGAGCUGCGGCACAACAUGCAGAAAGGACCCGGGGGUGUUGUGGGCUCCCCUUUUGCCCCCCAAGCUCCACGGCCUCGCUUCUUCCUGCCUGGAGAGGAGGGUACCCCCCAGGCCCUUUGCACCCCGGUUGUGCCCAUGCAGGCGCUCCCUGCUCCAGCGCUGCAGCCGCAGAAGAUGCCAGUGCCGCCCGCCUCACCGCAGGGUACUGAGAUAAGCAACAGCCACCACCAGCUGCACGCCAAAGCGGCCAUCCCGCCACCGCUGCCGGCCCCCAGUCUGGAGCUGCCACACAUUCCCCCGCGCCCGCUGUCCUCCAGCUCCACUCUUCACACCGAGGGAGCCAAGGAUGGCUCUGCGCCAGAUCCCACGCCAGGGAAAAGCCACCUGAGUCUGGAAGGGGCACGUCUGCCUUGCGAGGUGCCCGUGGAGCCUGAUUUGGAUGAUGACUUUGGCUCCCACAAGGACCUGGAAGAUGACGAUGAUUUGGCCAACUUGAGCCUGGAUCCAGAUGUGGCCAAAGGGGAUGAUGACUUGGACAACCUGGACAGCCUGGAGACUGCGGAUCCCCACCUCGAUGACCUGCUGAACGGUGAUGAGUUUGACCUGCUGGCCUACACCGACCCUGAGCUGGACACUGGCGAUAAGAAGGACAUCUUCAAUGAGCACCUCCGCCUGGUUGAGUCUGCCAACGAGAAAGCCGAGCGUGAAGCCCAGCUCAAGACGGAGCCACCGGCGCCCAGCUUGAAGCUCCCCAACCCCGAGGACAGCAAAGAUGUCGCCCCAUCCACGGAGGAUCGGGAGGUGCCCAAGGAAGGGCUGGUGCCUGGGGUGGGCUUGGGACCUGCUCCCUGUCCGACGGACGCUGCAUUGGCACCUGACCCUGCUUUCAAGGCGCAGAGCACAGAGGCGCAGGCGGGCUCCCUGCCCACCGACGUCAAGCCCAAGCUGGAGGACGGUUGCCUGAAGACCUCACCCUGCCAGUUCACUGCUGGUGGCCCCGAGCGCCUCUCGGGCCCUGUCAAGUCGGAGGCUCUGCAGGGCACGGAUAAGAUCUCUGCCUCGCUGGGGCUGAGCCUCAAAUCCAGCCAGACCAUCCUGAGCCCCGGGGCCGGCCAGGCUCGCCUCGGCUUGACUCACUUUGCUAACAACAGCCACGCCGGUGUCCCCGUGCCAGAGAAGGAUCCCUACGCUGGCCCCAGCCGUGGGCUAGCCCCUACGCAGCUGGGCAACCAGAGCAACCCCUUGCUGGAGAAGUUUGAGCUGGAUGGUGGAGCCUUGGGCCUGGGCAGCGCUCGGCACUCGCCGGCUGAUGAUCUGGACAAGAUGGAGAGCUCAUUGGUGGCUAGCGAGUUGCCCCUGCUCAUCGAGGACCUCCUGGAGCACGAGAAGAAGGAGCUGCAGAAGAAACAGCAGAUGUCGGCCCACCUUCCUCGGGGCACCCCACAUCUCCCAGCCUCGGCGCACCCCAUGCUGCACACGGCAGCGCCCGGGCAGCCCCCCCCCGAGGGGCAGCCUCCCCGCCUGGGUGCCCCACAGCCCCAACUCCAACUGGGGCUGAUGGCCAGGCCGUCCUUGAUGCCACCUCAGCCGCCCCGUCUCGGCGCGCCCCAGCAGAGCCCAGCGCUGGCCCCACACAUGGGCAUGGUCUCUGGGCAGCCCCACGUACUGGCAGCUCCCCACGGCGUCCAGGUGGCCCUGGCGCAGCCGCAGCAGAGCCAGCAGCAGGUCCUGGCGCAGAAGCCGAUGACCGGCGUGCAGCCGCCCACCGUGGGCCUGAAACCCCCCCAGCUCGUCAUGCAGCAACAGUUGGCCAACAGCUUCUUCCCAGACACAGACCUGGACAAGUUUGCAGCUGAGGACAUCAUGGACCCCAUUGCCAAGGCCAAGAUGGUGGCAUUGAAGGGCAUCAAGAAGGUGAUGGCUCAGGGCAGCAUCGGGGUGGCCCCGGGCAUGAACAGGCAACAGGUUUCCCUCCUGGCCCAGCGGCUCUCGGGGGGACCGGGUGUCUCUGAGAUGCAGAAUCACUUGUUGGCAGGGAGCGGGCAGGAGCGGAGCGGCACUGACCCGACCCAGGCUCGCCCCAACCCACCCACCUUUGCACAGGGCGUCAUCAACGAGGCCGACCAGCGGCAGUACGAGGAGUGGCUCUUCCACACGCAGCAGCUCCUGCAGAUGCAGCUGAAGGUGCUGGAGGAGCAGAUCGGGGCGCACCGCAAGUCUCGCAAAGCCCUCUGUGCCAAGCAGCGCACCGCCAAGAAAGCUGGCCGGGAGUUCCCGGAGGCCGAUGCCGAGAAGCUGAAGCUGGUGACGGAACAGCAGAGCAAAAUCCAGAAGCAGCUGGACCAGGUCCGAAAGCAGCAGAAGGAGCACACCAACCUCAUGGCUGAGUACCGCAACAAGCAGCAGCAGCACCAGCACCAGGCCUCGGCGGUCUUGGCCCUGAGCCCCUCGCAGAGCCCCCGUCUCAUGUCCAAGCUCCCCGGGCAGUUGCUCUCAGCGCACGGCAUCCAGCAGCCAUCGGGCACCGUGGUGGGUACACAAGGCCUCAGCCAGCAGCCAGGGCAAACCGGGGGACUGCGGCUGCCGCAGGGCAGCGUGUCCAUGGCCAUGCAGCAGAGCUUGUCCUUCAUGGGCCAGCAAGCGGUGGGGAACACACCGGGGCCCAAUACCUCCAAUGCCUUCUUUGCCGGGAACCCCGCACUCCGCGGGCUGGCUGCCGAUAGCCGCCUGAUGCAGGAGAGGCAGCUUCAGAGAAUGCAGCUGGCUCAGAAACUGCAGCAGCAGAGCAUGCUGGGACAAGUGUCGCUGCAGCAGCAGCCAGGCAUGAUGAGUCAGGCGUCCAUGCAGCAAUCGGGUGUCAUGGCACAGGCGUCCAUGCAGCAGCCAGGCAUGAUGGGACAAGCAUCCAUGCAGCAAUCGGGUGUCAUGGCACAGGCGUCGAUGCAGCAAUCGGGCGUAAUGGGGCAGACCGUGAUGCAGCAGUCGGGCAUGAUGGGACAGGCGUCCAUGCAGCAAUCGGGUGUCAUGGCACAAGCGUCGAUGCAACAGCAGGGCGUCAUGGCACAGGCGUCGAUGCAGCAGUCGGCUGCGAUGGGACAGGCAUCGAUGCAGCAGUCGGCUGCGAUGGGACAGGCAUCGAUGCAGCAGUCGGCUGCGAUGGGACAGCCGUCGAUGCAGCAGUUGGGUGCGAUGGGACAGCCGUCGAUGCAGCCGCAGGGCAUCAUGGCACAGACACCGCUGCAGCAGCCGGGUGUCAUGGGACAAGCGUCGAUGCAACAACCGGGCAUGAUGGCACAGUCGUCGAUGCAGCAGCCAGGAGUUAUGGCACAGACAUCCAUGCAGCAGCCUGGCGUUGUGGGACAAGGAGCCCUGCAGCAGCCUGGCGUCAUGGGCCAAGGCUCGCUGCAGCCGGCACCUCUGCUGGGGCAGCAGCAGCCGGGCGCAGUGGGUCAGCCAAUGGUGCCGAAGCAGCCGGGGCUGCCGGGCAGCCAGCAGAGCCUGCUUGUGCAGCAGCUUUCGCCGCAGCAACAGCCGGGGUUGCUGAGCCACGUGCAGACAGCGGGGCUGCAGCACCAGGCGGUGCUGGGCCAACCCCAGCGCCAGGUCCUCCUGGCCCCCCCCCAGCAGCGGGUGCUGGGGUCCCCCCAGCUGGCGCCACAGACUCCGGGGAUGCUGGGCCACCGCCUCGUGCUGUCCCAGCACCCGGGAGGACAAUCGCGGGCGCUGCUGGCCCCGCAGCAGCAGAACUCGGCGGCCGCACAGUCCAACCUCCUGGGGCUGAGCCAGGGGCAGAUCCAGCACUUUCCGCAGCACGGGGCGGGGGGCCAGGCCCCCUCCGUGCUGCACCUGAGUCAGGGAAUGCAGGCGGCUCCGGCGGUCCUGGCUGCCAAGGACCAGCCGGGAGGCGCCGAUGGCAGCGCCCUGCCUGCCGAGGGAGGUGAGAGCGCGGCGCAGCUGCCUGGGGCCCCCCAAGAGCCGCAGGCAGCCCUCAACCCCGCCAGCCUAGGGGGCCUGGAGCCCCCGGCCCCCAAGCACCAGGCUGAGGUGGGGCAGAGCCAGCAGCUCCUCUUGGCCUCCCCGCAGCCGGGCAGUCUGGGGUCACAGCCGGCGCUGCGGGCAGCCCCGGUGCAGCCAGGCUCCCUGCUCGCCGCGCCGCUGCAGAGCACCGGCACCGUGCACCCCGAGCUGACCCAGCAGCAUGGGGACGCUGCCGGGCUGGCAGAGCUGCCGUUGGGUUGCGGGAUGGGCCAAACGCAAGGUUUGGCGCUGCCGCAGGUGCAGCGGCCGCCGGAGCAGCCGGGUAAGGGGCUGUCAGGCUCGCUGCAGGGGCAGCCGCAGCCCCCACGGCUCCAGAGCCCCGGGCCGCACAAAGUGGGGCCAGCGCCGAGUACGACUGCGCUCCCACCCAACCUCCUGGGGCAAGUGCCGGGGCCGGUGAUGGGCCAGAUCCGGGCGCAGCUCCAGGGCGUCCUGGCCAAGAACCCCCAGCUGCGGCACCUGACGCCGCAGCAGCAGCAGCAGCUCCAGGCGCUCCUGGUGCAGCGGCACCAGCAGAGCCUGCUCCAGCAGAGCCAGGCGCUCCGGCCCCCCGGCCCCUUCCCCGGGCAGGCCCCGGACCCCGGCUCCUUGGCCCCCGCCGCACGCCCACGCCCGCUGGGGCCCCUUUUCCAGACACGGCUGGGCGCCCCGGCCGAGGCGCAGCCCGGCUUUGCCACAGAGCCAGGGCGGGCACAGCCGCCCCAGCAGCUGGUAGCCGAGGCGGUGCAGGUAGCCCUGGGUGCUCGCGGCCCCCAGCCCGGCCUCGUCCGGCUCCCCACGCCACCGGCCCCCUCACCCCUGGGCUGUGCCCCCCAGCCCCUGGCCAGCCCUGAGCAGAGCCCCCAAGAGCCAAAGAAGAUGUCGCCGGGGGUCCCAGCUGAGGCCCCCAGCCCCGCGGCACCGGCACAGCAAGGCUUGACGCCCGCGCCGAGCGGCACCCUCCCUGAAUCGGCACACGGCUCCUGGGACCCCGAGGCACCCAGUGCAGAGCCAGUUGGCCCCGGUGAGCCCCACAUCAACGGGGCUGUGCCAGAGGGGACCUCUGCGGCCGGCGAGACCCCCCAGGUGCUGGUGAAGCAGGAGCCAAAGGAAGAGGCGGCGGUUGCACAGUGCGAGGUGGAGGGAGAUGAGGCAGCGGCGAAGCUGGAGGCCAACGGGGACCCCGGCGCGGGCCAAGCCAACAGCCUGGCACCGGGCAGCCGCUCCGAGGCCGGGCACCUCCUGCUGCAGAAGCUGCUGCGGGCUAAGAAUGUGCAGCUCUCGGCGCAGAGCCCAGGCGAGCUCAACGGGCACACGGAGAACCGGGGCGCUGGGACGGAGCUGCGGCCGCAGCCGGUGCUGCUGGGCCGGGAGGACCCCUCCAUCGCCAGGAAGCUGGCGGCCACCAAGCCCAAGCGGGUGCAGAAAGGCAACGAGCGGAUGCCGGCGUCCCGCAAGAAGCUGCGGAAGGAUGAGGGGCUGCGUCCCGGUGAGGCUCUCAUGAAGCAGCUGAAACAGGAGCUGUCGCUGCUGCCGCUGACGGAGCCGACCAUCACGGCCAACUUCAGCCUCUUCGCGCCCUUCGGUAGCAGUCCCAUCAACGGCAAGAGCCAGCUGCGCGGCGCCUUCGGCAGCGCCGUGCUCGACAGCGUGCCCGACUACUACUCCCAGCUGCUCACCAAGAACAACCUCAGCAACCCCCCCACGCCGCCCUCCUCGCUGCCCCCCACGCCGCCCCCGUCCGUGCAGCAGAAGAUGGUGAACGGUGUCACGGCCCCCGAGGAGCUGGGCGAGCAGCACAAGGACGCUGACCGUGAGCCACACGGCCAGAAGGACACCUCAGCCGUGGAGGUGAAGAGUCUGGACCUGCUGGCAGCUCUGCCCACUCCUCCCCACAACCAGACCGAGGACGUCAGGAUGGAGAGCGAUGAUGACAGCGACUCCCCCGACAGCAUCGUCCCCGCUUCGUCCCCUGAGAGCGUCCUGGGCGAGGAGCUGCUCCGCUUCCCGCUGCUCAGUGAGGCCCGGCCAGAGCUGGAGGAGCGCGGGCUGUCCCCCAUCAUCCCCAUCAUCCCACGGGCCAGCAUCCCAGUGUUCCCUGACACGAAGCCCUUCGAGGUCGGGGAGCCCUUCGGGGGACCCCCCGGGAAGGUGGGAGCAGCCGGUGCAGGUGCCCCAUGGGAGAAGAGCAGGAGCGGUGAGGUCUCCGUGAUGCUGACGGUGUCCGCGGCAGCUGCCAAGAACCUCAGCGGGGUGAUGGUAGCCAUGGCCGAGCUGCUGAGCGUGAAGAUCCCCAGCUCCUACGAGGUGCUGUUCCCCGACGGGCCCGUGCGAGCGGCCGUGGUCGAGGCCAAGAAGGUGGAGGCGGAUAUGGCUGGGAUGCUCGGGAGCAAGGAGAAGGCAGCCCUGGCCGGGAAGGUGCCGGAUAGCAGCUCGGAGUGGCUGAAGCAGUUCGACGCGGUGCUGCCCGGCUACAGCCUCAAGGGCGAGCUGGACCUCCUGACGCUGCUCCGACAGGAGAGCCCCGCGCCCGAGAAGCCCCUGCACCACUGCUACGUCAACAACGUCUCCAACCUGGAUGUGCGGCAGCUCUCCGUUCUGCCUCAGGAGCCCUCGCCUCCACUGUCUCCCUCCGUCCCCUCCCCGUCCAGCCCCACCGAGGCUGCCAGGGUCCCCGAUCCCGAGGCAGCUCCCGAGGCAGCCCCGGCCCCCCCAUCGCCCCUGCCGCCAGCCCCUUCGCCAGCCCCCCAGGAGGAAGGGACCACAGCCCCCCACUCGCCGCCCCGCUUCAAACCGCGCUCGCGGCCGCCGGAGGAUGGGGAUGAAGCACGGCCCCGGUUGAAGAAGUGGAAAGGGGUGCGGUGGAAACGGUUGCGCUUCCUCGUCACCAUCCAGAAAGGGGGGGCCAAACGGGACGGUGACAAAGAGAUCGCGGAGUUCAUCGACAAACUGGGCACCACCCUGCGCCCCGAAAAGGUCCCACGGGACCUGCGCAAGUGCUGCUUCUGCCACGAGGAGGGUGACGGGGCUACGGAUGGGCCAGCCCGCUUGCUCAACCUCGACCUUGACCUUUGGGUCCACCUGAAUUGCGCCCUGUGGUCCACGGAGGUGUACGAGACGCAGGGAGGGGCCCUGAUCAAUGUGGAGGUGGCCCUACACCGCGGGCUGCUCACCAAGUGCUCCCUGUGCCAGAAAACGGGGGCCACCAACAGCUGCAACCGCAUCCGUUGUCCCAGCGUCUACCACUUCGCCUGCGCCAUCCGCGCCAAGUGCAUGUUCUUCAAAGACAAGACCAUGCUGUGCCCCUUGCACAAGCUGAAGGGCCCCUGCGAGCAGGAGCUGAGCAGCUUCACCGUCUUCCGACGCGUCUACAUCGAACGGGAUGAGGUGAAGCAGAUUGCCAGCAUCAUCCAGCGCGGCGAACGGCUCCACAUGUUCCGCGUGGGUGGCUUGGUCUUCCACGCCAUCGGGCAGCUCUUGCCGCACCAGAUGGCCGACUUCCACAGCGUCACAGCCCUCUAUCCAGUGGGCUACGAGGCCACGCGUAUCUACUGGAGCCUGCGGACCAACAACCGCCGCUGCUGCUACCGCUGCACCAUCUGCGAGAACAACGGCCGCCCCGAGUUCGUCGUUCAAGUCAUCGAGCAGGGCCUGGAGGAUCUCGUCUUCUCUGACUCCUCGCCACAAGCCGUCUGGAACCGGAUCAUCGAGCCGGUGGCGAUGAUGAGGAAGGAAGCUGACAUGCUGCGCCUCUUCCCUGAGUACCUGAAGGGUGAGGAGCUCUUCGGCCUCACGGUGCACGCGGUGCUGCGCAUCGCCGAGUCGCUCCCCGGUGUCGAGAGCUGUCAGAACUACCUGUUCCGCUACGGCCGCCAUCCGUUGAUGGAGCUACCGCUGAUGAUCAACCCCACCGGCUGCGCCCGCUCUGAGCCCAAGAUCCUCACCCACUACAAGCGGCCGCACACGCUCAACAGUACGAGCAUGUCCAAAGCGUACCAGAGCACCUUCACGGGCGAGACCAACACGCCCUACAGCAAACAGUUUGUGCAUUCCAAGUCCUCCCAGUACCGUCGCCUCAAGACGGAGUGGAAGAACAACGUCUACUUGGCGCGGUCCCGCAUCCAGGGGCUGGGGCUCUACGCGGCUAAGGACAUCGAGAAGCACACCAUGGUCAUCGAGUACAUCGGUACCAUCAUCCGCAACGAGGUGGCCAACCGGCGUGAGAAGAUCUAUGAGGAGCAGAACCGCGGGAUCUACAUGUUCCGCAUCAACAACGAACACGUCAUUGACGCCACGCUGACGGGGGGCCCAGCCAGGUACAUCAACCACUCGUGUGCCCCAAAUUGCGUGGCCGAAGUCGUCACCUUCGACAAGGAGGACAAGAUCAUCAUCAUCUCCAGCCGGCGCAUCCCCAAGGGAGAGGAGCUCACCUACGAUUACCAGUUUGACUUCGAGGACGACCAGCACAAGAUCCCGUGCCACUGCGGAGCCUGGAACUGCCGGAAAUGGAUGAAUUAGGUGGGAGCAGGGGCUUGGGGGGGGGACACAACACCCCCUCCCCUCUAUCCCCCCCCCCUAAAAAGAAACGGAGCCCAUGGGGCUGCCAGGGCAGCCGGGCAGGCGGCGGCCGGAGCGUGCGGAUGCUCCGGCGGGGAGACGGAUGGACGGAUGGACGGACGGACUGGCAACUCAGGGUUUUCUUUGCUUCGUCCUGCGAGGAAGAAGAAGAAAGGAAGGAGUGUGGGGGGGGAUUUUAAGCGCCCCCCCCCUCUCCUCUGCCGCCUGCCUCCCUCCUCCCUGCACGGGGCUGGGGGGGACAGGAGCAGCGCGGUCCCAGCGAAGCCGGAGCGAGUUGGGAAACCGGCCUGGAUGUGACUUUAUUAAUGAAUUCUUUCUUUUUAGAAACAAACAA